CGCAAAAAAUUUUUUAACUCACCGGGCGUUUGUUAUGUCAUUUACGGUAUCAACAAAGCAAAUAGAACCCAAUCCUCUGCUCAAUUAUUUCCUUGCGGUGAAGUAAAAUACAAAUAUGAUUAAACGAAGCUCCCACAAGAAGCCAACGGAGUUGAUGUUUACAACAGUUGAAAAUGAUGAUAAAAGUAGGUGUUCAUGUAAGCGUAUAGUAGUCAGUGUAAUAAUCAUAUGGAGGCUAUUUUCUCCUCUUAUAUGAGUUCAUCAGAUCCAGAAGAGGAUCAGCUCAACAGCAUUGCCAAGAAUCCAAUAAUUUGAAAGGUAAAGAUUUAAGUUUUGGAAACUUGGCUUCACCAGAUUUUGGAAACGGACAAGCUUCAAAAUCACUUCAAGAACCUUGUUUGACAUCAUCAAAAGAAGUCAUGUCAAAACCAUUGGGCAUGAGCAAUGUAGUUUCAUUGAAUGCUGACAAGAUAUCAUUAACAAACAAUCAAACAAUGAGAAAUAAAAGAUCAAAAUCAUUGGGUACUUAUAAUCAAGAAAAAAGGGAUUUGUAUCUUUUGUGGAGGAAAAUGCAAUGCCUUAUAUAUCGAAAGCAAAAAGAAUCAAACUCUUGUGUAAGAAUACAAACAAGGAAAUAAUAUCAGAAGAUCUCAGACAGGAUGACCAUACUUUGCUUUUCAAAAAUGCCAGAACACUAUCACCUUCAAAUAAUUUUUCUUAUCGCGCACCAAAAAGAAGACUUUCUCAAACAACUGCACACAAAGGUUGUAUAAACAGAAUAUCCUGGAAUCCAUGUUACCAAAAUCAUUUACUAUCAGCAUCAAUGGACUCUUUGUUAAAGAUAUGGAAUACUGAAAGUGCUGUAGUGACUUGUAUCAAACUUGUCCAUUGUCAUUCACUGGCUAUAAAAGAUGCCAGAUGGUGUCUUGAUGGGAUGAAAAUCUUGAGUGCCAGCUAUGAUAAGUCUUCAAAGAUCACAGAUGUCAAUAAUGAAAAAGAGGUUUGCUCUCAUAAUCAUGCAUCAUUUGUAACAUGUGUUGUUUGUCAUCCAUUUGAUCCAAAUAUGUACCUGUCAGGAACCUCAAACCAUGGGAUAUAUUCUUGGGAUGUCCGAAUGCAACAGUACACUUGCAGAUACCAAUCAUUCUUUGGUCAAAUUCAAGAUUUGGUUUUUAUACCAGAUGGAAAAAGUUUCAUCUCGGCCGCUGAAGUCUCUAGACGAAAUUCAACUGACAAGGGUAUCAUGGUAUGGGAUUACAAAACUUCUACUGUGUUAUCUAAUCAGAUUUAUCAGGAGCCUUACACAUGCACUACAUUGAAAAUCCAUCCUAGAGAUGCAACUUUUCUUGCUCAAAGUAAUGCGGGAUACAUUGCUCUUUUUUCACAAAAAUCGCCUUAUAAACUGAAUCACUACAAACGAUUUGAAGGACACAAUGUUUCUGGUUAUCAUAUUGGUAUGGACAUUAGUCCAGAUGGUAGCUUGGUGGCGAGUGGUUCCUCAAAUGGUUUCUUGUAUGUCUACAAUUAUUCUACAACAAAGAUAUCAAAUACUUUUGAACUUUCAAACUCUCAGCCUUGUAUGGACGUUGCAUGGAGUCUGUCUUCUCCAAGUUUACUUGCAAGUUGCGAUUGGAGUGGUCAAAUAUACUUUCAUAGGUAAUGAUAAAAUGGAUACGGAGACCGCAGAAGAUCGAUAAUUAGUGGUGGUAUUUAAUAUUCAUACAUGUAUGAUAUGUCACAUUAAGUUCCUUUGAAAUCCAUUGUUUUCUACGGGUUAUAGCAUGAAUAUAUGAAUAUGACUCUCCCCCCCCUUCAAGAUAAUCGAUUUUACGCGGUCCUUGGGAUACCAUAUUAUCUUUUCAGCACCUGAUUAAAUAAACAUUUUGAAGACGACAAUAUAUUUGAAACUUUUUUUGUGUAAAUUAUUAGCGGAGAUGGGGGAGAGAAGUAUGCCAUAAAAAUUUAAAAAAUAGUGUUGUCUGUUUAAAAUGUCCAUAUGGUAUAGAUGCAGUAUUGUAUUUUAACACGUGAUAGAUCACUACGUUAGCCAUUACGCGCUAGUGUUGAUGUGUUCAUUAUUGACAACAUAUUAAACCUAAAUGAUAUUAAGAGGGGGAAAUGUGGACACUAACCGCUAUCUCUGGCACAAACCGCCAUAUGGAUGUCCAUUCUCGGUAUCGAUUACUUCUUUUGUAAAAGUUCAAAUAGAUACGACAGAUAUUCGCGGGUCUUUUCACAAUCAUCCCUACAGCAUUCAUAAAAUAAUUUAUUACAGUAGCUAUCUGUUACAAAAUUAUUAAUUAUAACUAUUUAUUAGUACGGGAGAAACCUGAGCAAAAUUGUUAUAGUUGGGCAAAUGAGCAAGCAAAGAAAAUAUUUUGUUUGCAAUUACAUAUAUGCAUUUUUCUAUUCAAAAAUAAAAAAUUAACUUUUA